CAGAAAUUCAGCUUUUCUCAGAACAGAUGAUGUUAUAGUCAUGUGUCAUGAUAGCGUAAUGGAGGAAGAGGAACAAAGCUGGACUAAAAUAAACUCUUAAAAGAUAAAAAAAACAUGCGUUUUACUAAAAUGUAUUGUAAUGUUUUUAUCAAAAAUGUACGCAGUUUAAUCAACAGUUAUUUGUUUCAGUUAUGUUACUCAUUAAAUCUGCAAGCAGGCAUUCAUAGUUUGUUUGAAUUAACACGCCAACAAAACAGUAAAGUGUCAUAAAAGUGUAAUCUAGUAGGUUGAAUGAAACAAACUGUCUGAGCUGUUUACACUAGCUUAAAAUGAGGAACAAUUUACUCGCCAGAAAUUUGCUGACUAAAGUCUGAGGUUGAGGAAAAUGUCAGCGGUGUCAAACCUGUAAAACGGAAAUCGGUCCAGGCCUGUGAUUGAUUGCAUUUUAAUUGUCAUUUCUUCACUGUUUAGAUGAAUAAUAUUGGCUUGUUUAGAUGGAUAAGCAAUGCCAAAGACAGCAUCAUUCAAAGAUAUCCAGUGCUUAACAUUUUGACUUGCCAAUUGUAAAGUGUUGCACAAUGGGAAUCGAUACAGAGCUGAUUACAUAACAAGAUGUGAAUGUUCUUUAUUCUGGUGUAAAUUCAGCAUUUCAUUCGUUAAAAACAAAGAUAAGUGGCAUUUUGAUUUUUACUGUAGCAUCAUUUAAGCAUGCUGCUGAUGAAAUGCUGUGAGUGUGUUACGUUGUACUUACGUAAUGCCAGUGUGGAAUGAAUUCUCCGUACUAACAACUCUAGCAAGUAACAUUUUAUAAGUAACGUUUAAAAUGUUUAGUACAGAAAGACCAACUUAUUUUGAUUAAAAUUGUUACAUAGUAUCGUGCUGUUAAAAAUCUUCUCUCCCUUCUAAAAUUAAGCACCCAGGCAGUUAUUUCUAUAGAAUUAUUAUAGUAAUAAGGAUUUUUUUUUUUUUUUUAUGAAAAUUAGUCCUCAAUGUGUUAACCCGUUUUUAUUUAUCAAGAGUGUCGAGACUGUUCAGGAUUGAUAAAGUAUAAUAAAAUAUAAAAUAAAAUAUUAAGGAUACAUUAAACAGAUAAACAUUUACUUGCAGUUCUAAACAGAAUGGUAUGAACUUGUUUUUAUAGACGCUACUUGAGUCUCCGCAAGGUGGCGGUGUAGAGCCGUCAGUUCUCUAUUACUUUCAUUGGCUUCGAAGAAGAGCGGAACCGCUGUUGUCAGAGGUGUUGCUGUGGAGACAACACGAAGUCAGGCAUUAUACGAUGUCUUCAUCACUGAUUGAUGUUUAGAGACACUCUCCAGCCCAGUCUGAACUCACUAUGCUUCAAGCAGAGACCCUCCAGCUGCUGUGCCUCACAGCCUCCAGUGGGGUCCCUCUGUUCUCACGAGGCUCCACCAAGCAGCUUCCCUUUUCCAUCAUCGGCUCCCUAAACGGUGUCCAUAUGUUUGGUACCGGCCACGGGGCUCAGUUAUCGAGCUGUGAGACAGAUCGAGGCAGCCGUGUGGUUUGGGGGGUCUUUCAGGAGAGCCUGAUGCUGAUUGCGGUGAGUGGCAGCGGGGGCUCCGCCAUCAGUGAGCUGCAGUUGCGCCGCCUGCUGGAGAACGUGUGGAACUGCAUGGUCAUGGUCCUGGGACAGGACGAGCUGGCAAACAUACGCAACGUGGAGCGGUUAAAACGAGAGUUGCGCUCUUGCUACCGCCUGAUCGACAUGCUCUUGGAGCGCGUCAGUGACGAUCAGGGCUUUAUGGGAGAUCUGACACAAUGUGCUGACUGCUUGCUUCCCUCCAACUCCGGCUUGCUUCAGGAAGCUCUAGACUCCUUCGCCCAAGCGGCGGAAAGCGAAUUUGGCUGCCUGCUAGUGCACGGACGUGUGGCACAGGCCACGGAGAAAUGGUGGUCUCGACUGACUUCCCAGGAAGUUGUUGUGCUCUCAAUCCUGGUGCACUCACUUUCUAGUGCAUCGUCAUGUGACUACCCGGUCUUCCUGCCCCAAGGCAGUCCCACCGUCGCCAUUCGCUUGCUCAGUUUCCAACUGCUUCCUGGGGUUCACGUGUGCAUCCUUUGUGGCCCCAAACCCUCUCUGUACAAGGCGGAGAAUGAGCUUGUGAGUCGUUUUUGGUCUACUUUGGUGGAGAAUCUACGCAUCUGCAUGGAGCAGGCCGACCGUUCCACUCUUCCUCCGUCUGUGAGUCUUCGCUGGGACGUCCAGGCUCUUUUGCUCAUCAACCGUGAAUCUCGACGUGCGGUCACCGUCUGCCCUAGGGUUCGUGGUGGUGCUCCUGUGGAGGCUGUGCCUCUUCUUUCAUCAGAAAGGCGCUUGGAGCUCCUUCGCCUUUUUUACACAUUUGCCAUGACCCGAUAUUUUACCUCGCAGGAGACAUCAGUCUCACCAGCCUCACCUACCUCGGAGGAUUUUUCUCAGGGAUUUACCCACGUCCCUGUGCAGUGCUACCUUGUGACUGAUGAGUGUAAGUGUUAUGGCCUGCAGAGUCCCCAACACCAGCUCUUCCUCCUCAUGGAUCUCUCUGUGCCAACAUUUGCCUUGCGUACGGUGGCUACACAGACUCUCUCUGCGAUUACUGCUGCAACUGGUUUUUAGGACAUCGAUUUGCUCCUGUAUGGAAUACUGAACCAGGUACCAGACCUACUGGAUUUGUAAACAUGAACCGUUCAGGCAUUAAAGGGAUAAUUCAUCAAAAAGUGAAAGUUAUGUCAUUAUUUUCUCACCUACAUUGUUGCAUAACCUGUUUUACUUUGUUUCUUCUGAAAAAUGCUAAAGAAGACAUUUUGAAAAAUGUUUCAGCUGUUUUUUUGUUUUUUUUAUCCAAACUUUUUUUGUAUGGAAAAACUCACCAAGACAUUUUACCAAAUAUCUUCUUUUGUGUUUCCCAGAAGAAAGAAAUAUAUACGGGUUUGGAACAACAUGAGG